GGUCGCUCCAUCUUCGAAACUGGAAAAAAAAAAAAAAAAAAAAAAAAAAAAGAAUCAUGUUUUUCGUUUUUCUUGUCUUCUAAUGCCAUUCCCGUGUGCUAUUAAUGAAUUUCUGGUGUUUUAUUAACGUGUAAUCUCGAAAUAAUGGAUGUUUCGACACCGCCAGAAGAUCAAGAGCUGCGUAAUGUCAUCGACAAGCUUGCCCAGUUUGUCGCUCGAAAUGGACCCGAGUUUGAGAAGAUGACCAUGGACAAGCAGAAGGACAACCCUAAGUUCUCAUUCCUCUUCGGAGGGGAAUAUUUCAGCUAUUACAAGUACAAGUUGGCAAUUGAACAGCAACAACAUUCUUCAAGUCAUGAUGAUGAAUAUAAAAUGGAAGCAGUGCUGUGCGGGUCAUCAGCAGAUACAGAUGUUCCAGAUGUUCCCCCAGCGAUGUCGAUUAUUCCUCCUCCACCGAUCCCCCCUAGCACCCCUUCCAUGGAGGAACUGAUCCAGCAGAGCCAGUGGAACCUGCAGCAGCAGGAACAACAUCUGCUGAGCCUUAGACAGGAGCAGGUGACGGCUGCGAUCUCUCUGGCGAUGGAGCAACAGAUGCAAAAACUGUUGGUAGAAACACAACUGGACACAAAUGAAUUUGACAACCUGCUUCAGCCGAUCAUAGACACCUGCACGAAAGAUGCUAUCUCGGCCGGAAAGAACUGGAUGUUUAAUAAUGCUAAGACACCACAGCACUGUGAGCUGAUGGCAUCUCACCUCAGAAACCGCAUCACUGCAGACGACGCACACUUUGAGCUGCGCCUACAUCUAAUUUAUCUAACCAAUGACGUCCUGCAUCACUGUCAGAGGAAGAAUCAGAAAGAUCUUUUGGCGGCUCUACAGAAGGUCGUGGUUCCCAUUUACUGCACCAGUUUUCUGGCUGUGGAAGAGGACAAACAGCAGAAAAUCACACGGUUACUGCAGUUGUGGGAGAAGAACAGCUACUUCGAUGACGUCACCAUUCAGCAGCUUCAAAGUCCAGCUCUGGGUCUCGGACAGUAUCAGGCGUCACUCAUUACAGAGUACGCUCCAGUAGUGCAUCCCGUCCAGAUGGCGUUCCAGCAGCAGAUUCAGGCACUUAAGACGCAGCAUGUGGAGUUUGUAGCCAAUCUGAAGCAACAGCAGAAUGUGACGGCUGCAGCAGCCGCGGCUGCCGUUGGACAGUUAGCUCCUCCAGACACUGAAGUGAAGUCCCAAACGCCCAUGACCUCUCAGACUGGAGACUUGAAUCCUCCAAUGGCUGGUCCUCCUGGUGAAUAUGAUAGUGCUCAGAACAGACCACUAGACUCAAGCCCUUCAGCCCCCUCUGAAAUUUCAUCCACUAAACCGGGUUGGUUCGACCCGCAGCACAACAUGCCAUGGAACCCACAACAGCCUCCGCCAUUUGACCCCACUCAAGCCCCACCACCUCCGUGUCCACCCUGGAACAGCCAUGAGGGCAUGUGGAACGAGCAGAGGGACCCAAGCUGGAGCAGCCCUCGUGACGGUGGCCCCGGAGGCCCCUGGAGCGGCCAGAUCGAGCCUCCACCCUCCUGGAGCACCCAGUUCGAUCAACCACCAUGGAGCAACCAGCCAGAUCAACCCCCGCCGUGGGGCCAGAGAGAACCUCCAUUCCGCAUGCAGCAUCCGCCACACUUCCGCGGGCCGUUUCCUCCUCAUCAACAGCCACCGUUUAACCAGCACCCGCCCCCUCAUAACUUCGGCCGCUUCCCGCCGCGAUUCAUGCAGGACGAGUUUCCACCCCGACAUCACUUUGACCAUCCCCCGUAUCCUCCACACCAAUUUGACUACCCACAAGGAGACUUCCCAGCAGAGCUCGGUCCACCUCCUCAUCAUCACCCCAAUCAAAGGAUUCCUCCUCCAGGAUUGUCUGAACCUCCUCCAUGGGGCGGUAACCAGCACCCUGAUUUCGGCCCCCCUCCACAUGGGUUUAACGGUCAGGCUCCUCACAUGAGACGACAGAACCCGGCUCAUGUCAGUCAGGAUGACCCCAGUCUUGUCCCAAACGUUCCCUACUUCGAUCUUCCCGCAGGACUCAUGGCACCACUUGUGAAGCUUGAAGAUCAUGACUACAAGCCUCUGGACCCCAAGGACAUUCGUCUGCCUCCCCCAAUGCCGCCUAGUGACCGUCUUCUGGCUGCUGUAAAGGCGUUUUACAGCCCACCAUCUCACGACAGACCCAGAAACAGUGAGGGUUGGGAACAGAACGGACUGUAUGAAUUCUUCAGAGCCAAAAUGAGAGCGAGACGAAAAAAAGAACAAGACAAACGCAACAGCACUCGAGGGAGUCACUCUCGCAGUCGGUCACACAGUCAAGGGCAAUCCUCAUCACGCUCCAGUUCCAGAUCUUCGAAAUCCUCCCGCUCCAGGUCCCGAUCCAGAUCCCGCUCUUACUCCAGAUCUCGCUCAAGGAGCCGGAGUCACUCCCGAUCCAGAUCCCGAAGCCGUUCCCGCUCCCAAUCUCGCUCUAGAUCACAAUCUCCAGAAAAGAGGUGCCAAGCCACAAAAUCCCGCAGUCCUACACCACCCUCCACCUCUGGUUUGGGUUCAGGCCCGGUGACGGUACCUGCUGACCUCAGGUUGGGAGAGGAGAACAAGGGUCAUCAGAUGCUCAUGAAAAUGGGUUGGAGUGGUUUAGGAGGGCUUGGAGCUAAAGAACAGGGCAUUCAAGACCCCAUCAAAGGAGGAGACAUACGGGAUAAGUGGGACCAGUACAAAGGAGUGGGAGUGGCACUGGAUGACCCAUACGUUAAUUACAGACGAAACAAAAGCUACAAUUUUGUCGCAAGAAUGAAAGCGCGAGAGAAAGUAGGCAAAGACCCUCAGGAGCCGCCAAGCACAGAAUGAUCGUCAUCCAUCAAACAGCUCUGUUUUUACUGUAGAUGUCAUAAAGCUGUUUUUCACAUUUGUUUGGAUGUUUUAUUUUGCCCUUUUUUUUUUUUUUUUUUUUUUUAAAGUAAAGGUAUCAAAGAUCACAUUGUAGAAUCAAUGAAAAUGUCAGAAUAACCACAACAGUUGAGGUGCAUUUGAUUUGCCCUCAAUCUGAGACUCUGUACAAGCAAAAUAA